CAAAGCUUCCCCUGCCACCCUGCGCUCGCCUUGGACCUGAGUGGCGUGCUCUCCAGCCGCCAGGAACAAACAUGUUUGACCUUGCCGUCGAUGGAUCGGUGCUCAGGCUGGGCGAGCCGUAUGCAGCCACUGCAUCGACUAACCCGUCGGCCGAUUUACCGUCGACAAGGGCAGCUUGGUGGGAUGACGCGACGCCGUGGUGUUGCGUUCCUUCGCCGCUGUGGUUCCGCCCUAGCCAACCAGGGGGCCGCGGGCAUCCUGAUUUCCUCGCCAGCCGCCCAGAAUUGCCAUUUGGCCGCCUGCCCAACCAUAGCCACGCAACCCAAGACCUUUGACGGGCGCCAAAACAAGGGGAUCCUCUCUGAUGUGCCAACCACAUGCGGUCGUCGAUCACCUCUGGUCUCGCCCUCGGGCCUGCUUCGCCCUCCGCCCGCAGCAUGCGGGCUGGUACUGGCCGUGGAUGUGUUUCGCGCUUGGGGCCACCUGAUAUGCCGAGUAGGUACCUUUCCCCGUCGCCGCCGAGUGCCAUCAUGUCGAUGGGCGCUCUCAUGGGAUAGGUUAGUCCUGCACACUGUCCUGCCCCUCAGGCGAAACCGCCUGCAUCACACAUGGUUGGCCGUCGUCGGGUCAUGGCCGUAAAUGAGGAGCUGCGUGGUCAAUGUUCGGGGCUGUCCUAAAUUACCACGUCGAGCCCGGGCAUCCACAGCCCAUUCCUUGUUGCUUCAUACCAUAUACAGCAUUUCUUUCCUUCGCAUCCUAGAAAAAGAGGUUCUUUGACUCCAUCACAACCAAACUUCACCUCGAUCUACACGACAUCGCUUUCUGCGUUGCCUGCUGUCUGUUAGGUGGAAAGCCAGCGUGUCUCUGCAGCUCACGGACACCCGAAAAGCCUCCUGGGUGGGCAACCCAGCACCAUGGCCUCAACAUGGAACCCUGAGGAAGUCCUCGGUCUCCAUGAGGAUAGUCCGUCGCGAGGCGUCUGGCGAUGUGUCGCCCGCGUGCCCAAAGUGGCACCGGACGGCGGCGCCGUGGAGGACGAUGGAACACAGCGCUGCCAGCGCCCGAUCCGGCCCUGCGAGCAGAAUACGAUCCGCCGACUGCUUGCCGACAUGUCCCACGAAUUACCGGACCAGGUCGAUCACAACCUGCUGUUGCACCUCGCCCGAGCCUGCCUCUGCAUCGACGCUACGCCGGAGCCCCACCGUGGCAGGCAGGAGGCCAGUGUCAUAUACGAGUGGACCGAGCUGAUGUGCACCGAGGCGUGGAGGCUGCGUGAGCCCACCCCGAGCGACCCUUUCACGAGGGACCCCUUUAAAGUCGAGUCCUCGGCCUCCUCAUCAGCAGCAGCAUCGAGGGCUGAAGAAAAGAAGGCAUUCGAUGAGGACUCGGCAUUGUCCCCGCGCUCUCUGCCCCGGCGGGUCGUGUCGGCACGCACGCGGCUGCAGUCCAUCUCAGCGUCCACCAUCUCACAGCGCAGGGGCGGCAACAGCCCGCCCGCGCUGUCGUCGUCGCCAGUAUCAACAUGGCCGGCCCGCACGCCGACCGCCUCUGCCACGGCCGCGCUGAUGCUUUCGGCAGCACAUAACAGCGCACAUCAUCCCCACGCGCCGCCGUCGCCGCCAGACAGCGCCACCUUCUCGGAUGGGAGGAUGACCAGCUCGACCGGCAUAUCGGCAUUCCCGGAUCUGCCCAUAUACCAUCCUGUCCCUUCGUCGUUUGACACCGCUGCUAGCUCGGCCAUGUCCUCCGCCUCCACCUCGCUUAUACCGGCUCGCCCCUCUAUCAUCUCCCCACCUUUACCAACGGGCACGACCAUACAAACCAGCAGUGCCUCCUCAGACCAGCUCUCCGUGGGAUCCGCGUCCACAGCCAACGCUGCCGACGACGAGGAUGACGAUGACGAAGAAGCCGUCCCAGACACGCCCUACGCCGGGACCGUCUUCGAGGUGGCAUCGACGUCGGCAUCGCCCGCCCCAGAAACAGCCGCCUACGCCACCGUCCCUGCAUCCUUCAUCAACAGCACCGUCCCGCCGCCGCUACCCACAACCACAACGAUGAUAACCGAGGGCAGCAGCAACUGCAGCAGCAACUGCAGCAGCGUCAUCAGCAGCACCGGCGACAGCAGCGUGGCCCGCGCCGACGACAGCAACAUGGACUGCGCCAUCAUGUCCAUGCCGCCGCGCGCCUCGGUCGCCGCGGCAGAGGUCGCUGCGCGGCACCAGAAGCGACAGCAGCAGCGGCAACAGCAACAACGCCAGAACGGCAGGACGGUGCCCCAGCCGCCUCUGGCCCAGGGAGUCGGCUCGCGGGGUCGCCAGCGGUCCAGGAGUCGUUCCGAUAGUCUCCAUCUCAGGCGGGUCUCGCUGUCCAAUAUCCGGCGCGCCGAGCUUGGAAACAGCAACAGCGCUGCUGGCCUGGCAAAGGCGGCGAGCAUCGGUCCAGGGGACUCUGUAUCUGUCCGAAAUCUGCGGCACCCCCUCACGCCUGAACCUCAACAGGAGCAGCAGCAACAACAGCAGCAGGAAUUCCUGCCCGUGUCGGCCGUGGGCAUGUUAUUUUCAUCGUCAGCAUCGUCGGCAUCGUCAGCAGCUGUAGCAAUUCCAGCAGACGCUGCACCUCCCGCACCACUAGCACCGCCAGCAGAGAGCACAGAGGCGGGAGCGCCAGAGGCGAUAGCAGAAGCGGCGACGCUGGUAGGCCAGCUGCGCGAGUGCGCCGAGGCACUCCGCGGCGCCCGGGCCGCGUGCGCCGAGGACCUGGACGCGGCGCGGUCCGAACUGGCCGCCGUCCGGGCCGAGGUGGCUGCCGUCCGGGCCGAGCUUAUCGAGGCGCGCAAGGCCGCCGAGGUGGUGGCGGCUGGGGCAGCCGCCGCCGCCGUUGCGACCUCUUCCGAGACCAAUGACCCAGACGAAGACGUGGCCGUGGCUUCAAUGCCGGCGUCCCCGCUACGCUACGCCCCGCACCUGCUACUCCUCCCGCUUGCCAUCCUCGUCUGGGCUGCCGAGGCGCUCGUGCGCAGGCUGAGGGUCGACGGCGGCGGGGGGUUAUGGGUCCCGAAGUGGAGGACAUGCAGGGGCGACGGAGAGGGUAUCCUGGGGAGCACGCCAGCGCCCGGAGGGGGAGGCUCAUUGCCCGUGCCACUCUCUCGCCCCUCGCCUGUGCCCUGGGUCAGAACCAUCGGGAUCGCUCUGGCGGCCGUGGCGGCAUCGGUGGCUCGGCUCGCGGACCUGGCGGUGACGUACGGCGAGGGUGGAGGCCGUGUCGCGGUCGCCAUGGAGCCGCUACGGCGCCGGCCGGAGGAGGCGAUCAAGGGAAAGGAUUCGGUUGGGAAGAUGGUAUAGGGGAUGGACAGAUUGGUGUCAUGAUUUGCUCUUACCUUCGUGUCUGAUUAUUAGCAAGCGCUCGUUUUUAUUUCCUUUUUCUUGGUUAUCCUGUCCGUAUAGGUUGUCAACGCCCGGACCUACUUUUCCCCAUAGACGCCAUCGCCUAUACCUUUUUGUUUUGGAUUUUUCUGGGAGUUUUUGGUCCUUUCAAAAGGAAGUGGGAGCCACUCUGCGGACUGGCUAUCCGAGCAACACAAAGAUCUAUUGAAGCGCCACUAUUGAGAGAGGAAAAUACAACACGGUAGAAAUUCCAAUACACAGCUCCUCAAAGGUGCAGAUAGUUACGAAACCC